AUGUAUUUCUUAAUCAUAAUUUUUGGAUUUCACAUUUUUCGAUUAAACUCAGAGGCAAUAAAUUGCUAGGUUCAAAAAGCCUAGCCAAUAAUAUCCUGCCAUGAAUACUUGACAGGUUGCUUUAUAUUGGAAGGAAAUGAGGAGGAUUACUACAAAUUGAAAAGUGUUGAUAAAGAAAUUAUAUAAAAGUCAUUUAUUAUUCCUUACAAAGACAUGCCAAUCUAAACCAAAGUAUUCAAAUUUUUGGACUAUGUUAAAAUAUAAGAAAAACUUAUAUGUUCAUUAUUUCUGAAUUCUUUGAAAUAUUAUAUAACAUGUAUCAGCUUUGAUACAUUAGAUUUCGAGAAAAAUUAUGGGAAUAUAUAAGAGAAGCUUAAAAUAGAGACAAGUAUUUCUUAAGAAGAAAUCUGUGAUGAAAUUCAUUAAUUGAAUGAGAGCUUUUAUUUAAUUUGUUUGAGCAAAUUUCAAUUAAAAUUAUAUUCCGUAAGUUUAAAAGGUGAUACAAUACUUAUUAAUGACCUUGAUGUGUCUAUUUAAAUCUUAGAUUAGUGCAAGAUGAAAUAAUAAAAGAUAUUAAAAAAAAAUUAUUUUAUAAUUGCUUUUUUCUAAUGCUCAUAAUGGAUUAUUGUUGAGAUUAAUGGUAAGGAGAUGAAAAUUAUUUUACAAUCUAAAAUGGAUGAAAUUAUUCCCUCCCUUUUAGCAUUUUCUAAAGUUGAUGAAGUAUGUAUUUGCGAUUCAACAAUCUAGUUUCUAAUUCUUAUAGAAGGAAAUAAUUACCUUCAAGUUAGAUGGAGCAAAAAUGGAGUUCUUUCUUAAUUAUUUCAGAGCGAAAAAAGAAUCUUAAAAAUGAUAAUGAAUAAUAAUUGCAAUAGUAUUAUGCUAGUCACACAUGUAAAAGAAAAUAAUUCUUAACUAAUUUAAUAUUUCGAUAAUGAAAUUGUAUUAAAUUACUCUUUUCAAGGAGAACAAUUAUAUUUUUCUUCCUAAAUUUUCUUUAUAUAAAAUUAAACAGAAUUCAUAAUUAGUAUUGAUCAACAUAUAACUCAAAAACACUAAAUUCUUAAUUCAUCAUUGGUUUUGCUAAAAGAAGAUAAUUUAUUUUAUUAGAUAGACAAACUUAAUAAUUUGUUAUAAUUCUAUAGAUAUUUUCCAUUUAGUAGUAUUAUUGAACCCAAAUAAGGAUUUCUAUAUAUUAUUUAGAACUUCAUAAACACACGUAAAAUAUCAUUAAAAAGAUGUCUAAAAAUCUAAUAUGAAAAUAAUUUGGAGGAGAAAAAUACAGUAAAAUAAUAUACAUUAAUUCUCAAAAAUUGCUAAGAGAAACAGAAAAUUAAGUUUAGUAUUGAAGGCUUUUAAUCAUAUUUCUAACAAAACUUUUCUUUUUUUGAUAAUCAGAAUAAUUUUAUUAACCUUAGUAUCUGGAAUGAAGAAAAAGUAGAAAACCUAUGCUAUGAACAAUUAAAACGAUAUAAGUUUAAAAGCAAGAUUUAGUUAAUAUCUAUAAAAUCUUUUCACUUUAUAGUUUUUCAAGUUGAGAAUAAAAUAUAUUUCCAAAAUUGCUAAACUAAAAAGAUAUAUUUGAGCUUAAAUAAGAAUCAAUAUGAAGUAUUUGAAAGUAUGGAACACUAUUAUUUAAUUGAUAAAUUUAAUAAAUAAAUAAAAGUGAUUUAUUCUUUUUAAUAGAAUAUGAAUUCUAUUAAUAUAAACGAGAAUUUUGAAAUACUUAAGGUUUAAAAAGUAGACAAAUAACUAAUGAUUUAUUUAAAAAAUGAAAAAUAUCCUUUUUUUNAAUCUUAGAUUAGUGCAAGAUGA